AUGUUCAUCAUUCAAUUUCUACCUAUUUUCUACUACUCCACAUUUUUUUUUUCAAAAUUGUUGUCAAUUUUCUUCAUUUUUUUUUUCUCUCAUUUUCUGUUUUUAAUUUCAUGUUUUAUUUUCUCUUUUCCUUCUUUCUCCUUUACAUAUCUUUUUUUUUCUCUCCUUCUUCCUUAUAUUUGUUUUCUUUCUUCUUUACAUUUGUUUGUUUGUUUCUAUUCUAUUCAAAUAUCUCUUCCUUGUCUUUCAGUUUCCAUUUUUUGCUUAUCUUGUCUCUCUCUCUCUCUCUCUCUCUUUCCCAGUUUUUCUCUCUCUCUCUCUUCUAUCAAUUUCCUUUUUAUUUUCUCUCAUCUGUUUUCUUUCUUCCUUUCUGAUGACAUUUUUAAUUUCUUUUCAUCUUUUUUUUUACCUAAUUUUUUGUUCAAAUGUUUCAAAUUUUUUCUCCCAGUUGUUUUCUUUCUUGCUUCUACAUCAUUUUCUUUCUUUCUUUCUUUCUUUCUUUUUCAUCUAUCCAUUUCUUUUAUUUAUUUAUCUUUCUUUCUUACUCUCUCAUUCAUUUAA